AUGUUGAAAAUUAGAGAGCAAGCAAAUGUUGUACCUACUUCUAAUCCAUACGUGUUUGCGAAUCAUGGUUCGGCAAAUAGAUGGAUGGCAGGAUACCACGUAAUUAGAAAAUUAGCUGCAGCAUGUGGUGCAAAACGCCCUACCCUCUUAACAUCAACCCGAUUUAGAAAACAUAUAGCGACAACUUUGCAGCUUAUGGCAAUGGAUGAUAGCGAAAUGAAACAAAUUGCUACAUUUAUGGGGCAUAGUAAGAAAACUCACUCUGAAUAUUACAGGCUACCACAAAAUAUAUUUCAAACAGCCAAAGUUGCAAAGGUAUUGAUGUUACUGGAAAAAGGUAAAGAAAAAGAGUUUAAAGGAAAAUUAUUAUCAGAACUUGAAUUUGAAAACGAUGUUUACAUUAGUUCUGAAUCAAACGACGAAGAAGAUGUUUCUAAAAUUGGAUUGACAGAUAUUGCAGCAAAACCUUCAAAAUUAGAUGAAACUGACGCUGAACAAGAGGAAAAUGAUGAAUACCAGGAACCUUGUAUUAAAAAGGGUCGAAUACGAUGGAGUGCGCAAGAAAAAAAUAUUAUUAGAAUUAAAGACAACGAUUAUCAAAAUGAAUAUAAAAAGCAGGCUUCUUUAUUCAGAAAGGUAAUGGAUAAUGCUAUACAAGCCGUAAGAAACGGAAUGUCGCCAUUUAAAGCACAUAAAACUUUGAAUGUUCCACGAACAACAUUAUUGGACAAGUUACAUGGUAGAUCACUUCAAGGAAGAAAAAUUGGAGCUGAAACUAUUUUAACCGGCGAAGAAGAAAAUAUAUUAGUGAAAUGGAUGAUGACCAUAGCCGAACAAGGGUUUCCCGCAACCAAACUCCAGUUGAUUGAUAGUGUACAAAUUUUAAUCAAAAACCUGAAAAGAGAAAAUCCUUUCAAAGAUGGAAGACCAGGAAGACAUUGGUUUGAGGGUUUUAUGAGACGCCAUCCUGAAUUAACCAGAAGGAAUUCUCAAAAUUUAACAAAUGCUCGUGCUAACGUCACAGAAGAAAAAAUAAGAAAAUGGUUUAUGGAGAUCAACAGCUACCUUUUGAAAAAUAAUUUCUUACAUGUCACGAAUAAGCCACAACGGGUCUUCAAUUGCGAUGAAUCAUCAUUCUUUCUUAGCCCUAAAAACGACAAAGUUUUGGCAAAAAAGGGUGAAAGAACCGUAUAUUCAUUUAUCAAUAAUGAUGAGAAAGAAUGCUUAACGACACUUCUCACUUGUAAUGCAGCAGGCCAAUUCGCCUCUCCAAUGGUUGUUUACAGUUAUCAAAGAGUGUCAAGAAACAUAGUUGAAAAAGUUCCUGCAAGUUGGGGUAUAGGAAGAUCUGACAAUGGUUGGAUGACAGAGGAAAACUUUUUUUGA